UGAAUAUCUCAUCAAAAAUUAAUGUUACAUUAUUAUACAAUGAAAUUUUCUGAUGGUUUAGAGGUUUUCAACAAACCAUUAACACUCAUAAAUACAUGGAGAAAGAAUGAAAUUAACUCUGUAUAUGCACAUUCAAAGUAUUCUGCAGUGAAGAAAAUUCCAAAUUUUGCUGAAAUCCAUAAGCAAAUGUUUGCCAGAUCAGAGUCUAUCAUAGACGUAAAAAAUAGACUAAAAGACAGACACACUGCAUUAACCAAACUCAACAGUCCAGCAAAUGUAAAGAUUAAUUCACGGGAAAAAGUACCGCUAUCUAAUAAAUCGAAUAAAAAUUUUAAUAAUCACACGGAAUUUAAGAUGAAGAAACACGAAACUACCGAUUGUAUCUUGAAAGAUUAUGCUUCACAUUCAACAAGAGGGUAACAACAAAGCUGAGCUAAAUUGGCGGGCGUAAGAAUCAACCAGCGUUUAGAACUUCAAAUGAAAUCAAGAA